AUGCACGUCAUUAUAAUGGAUGGAUGGUCACACUUAUUGUUAGUCUGUAAUGUUGGUACACAGCUGGCGUAUAUACAGGGGCCGUCUGAUGCGCAGACAACAAUAUCAUGCAAUAAAUUAGUUUUAGCGUACCAAGUCUUCUGGGUUGAACAUGCCCUUGGCACGACGCAGGAUGGAGUCCUUGCUAGCAUCAUAAGGAUGAUCCUUGGAUGGGAUCUCAAGUACUGCAGGUACUGGAGCGGAGUGGCUGUCAAUCACAUGUCGGAUCAUCUCAGCGAUGUUCUGGUUGAUCAAGAUGAUGUCAAUGUCAUCACGCUUCACAAAUCGUCUGAAGCAUUCCUCAAUCUCGCUCACUGGUGUGUUUUUGUCAACAACCAUGAAGUUGGGGUGUCUGUUUUUGUUGAUUUCACCAAUCCCGCCCAGCAGGAAACCGACGCAAGUAUCCUCAUCGCCGAUGACGCUGAUCAAUUUACCCUUAACUGCCAUGCUCAGUGCCAUGUUUAA